CCAUGUAGCUACAUAUCAACUGUGGAAACACGUAAAUCCCUGAAUGUGGGCUGAGCACAUGGAAAUUAAUGGAAAUUAACGUACAGCAUUUGAGAGCAGUGGAGGCUUUGGUCCAAUGAGGAAGCUGGAGGGAAGAACUGACCUGUAAACAUGCACUCACAUACUUUUUCAGAAGAGUGUGUCUGCUGUUCAUGAUGGAGAAUGCCCAUGAAAGGUGUUGGCAGAAAGCAAGACAGACAACACAACUGGUAAACCACAUACAAUGUCACAGCAGGUGACAAGGAACUGUUUCCUGUAUGAAUAUUAAGAGAGAAGUUUGGCAUCUAUGGAUUCAUACCUGAGUGUUUUCUCAGUGUUGCACUUGAUGGCUCUAGUUCAUUAUGGUUCCAAGCAGUGACGGCAUUUUAAGGGAGGCAUGCCCCAAACCCUGAGUUCUAUCAGUAUGUUCACCCCCUGUGGCUUCAGUCCUCAUCUGCACUCAGCAAAAGAAGAUGAUCAAGGGGGACUGAUCUUCCAGGAUGGAAACCUUGCCUCCGCAUCUCUUGAUGCUUUGAUCCAACAUCUUAUACCUACAACUGAUUACUACCCUGAAAAGGCCUAUAUCUUUACAUUCCUGCUGAGUUCAAGACUCUUCAUUGAACCUCAUGAACUUUUGUCCCGAGUUUGUCACAAGUGCAUUGAGCAGCAGCGACUGGACGACCCGGUGCUGGAUAAGGCGCGGAUCAGAAAAUUUGGGCCUAAACUCCUACAGUUGUUGACAGAAUGGACAGAAACUUUCCCCUAUGAUUUUCAGGAAGAGCGGAUGAUUGGCCAUUUGAAAGACAUGAUUGACAGGAUAGCCCCGUGUGACGAGGCCUACUGGAAAAGGAUGAAUCAGCUUUUGCAAGCCCUGAAUCAGAAGCUUGCAACCCUUAGCCACGGGCAGGAAGGAAUAGUCAAGAUCAAUGCUGCUGUCUCUGACAAGCUGGUUGCCUUUAAAAGUAAACCGCCGUCAAUUCAGAGAGAAAUCCUGACCGUCUGUAGUGACCCUUACACUCUGGCUCAGCAGCUAACACAUGUGGAAUUGGAAAGGCUCAGUCACAUUGGGCCUGAAGAAUUUGUGCAGGCGUUUGUACACAAAGACUCUUUGGACAGUACCAAGUCUUGUUUCAAUGAGCAAAAAAAGACUAGUAACCUUGAGGCCUAUGUGAAAUGGUUCAAUAGACUCUGCUAUCUUGUGGCAACAGAAAUUUGCAUGCCUGCGAAAAAGAAACAGCGAGCACAAGUCAUAGAGUUCUUCAUUGAUGUUGCCCGAGAGUGCUUUAACAUAGGGAAUUUUAAUUCACUGAUGGCAAUCAUAUCUGGGAUGAACAUGAGCCCCGUCUCCAGGUUAAAGAAGACCUGGUCAAAAGUGAAAACAGCCAAAUUUUUUAUUCUAGAGCAUCAGAUGGACCCUACUGGUAAUUUUUAUAACUACAGAACUGCGUUGCGAGGGGCUGCCCACCGAUCCCUCACUGCACACAGCAACAGGGAGAAGAUUGUGAUCCCUUUCUUCAGCCUAUUGAUCAAAGACAUUUACUUUUUGAAUGAAGGAUGUGCUAAUCGCCUUCCGAAUGGGCACGUCAACUUUGAAAAAUUCCUGGAACUGGCUAAACAAGUAGGCGAGUUUAUAACAUGGAAGCAAGUGGAAUGCCCAUUUGAACAAGACCAUAACAUCAUCCACUACUUGCAUACAGCUCCCAUCUUUACUGAAGAUGGUUUGUAUCUGGCUUCCUAUGAAAGUGAAAGCCCGGAGAACCAGAUUGAAAAAGAGAGAUGGAAAUCCUUGAGGUCUACUAUUUUAGGAAAGACUUGAAGACUCAGAUUAUUGCAGUACGACAAGAAAAAAAUCAGCAAAAAUAUUUUGCACUACUGAUUCCAAAGAUGCCUAUUUGGGAUUUAGUUUUUAUUUUUCUUCCUUUUUAUUUUUGGACUGCUUAAUGUGAUGAACUGGAUUCAUCCAUUGAAAUUAACAGAAUUGACUUACCAUAUGCACAGUUAUGCUUUUCUAAUUACUCAAGAGAGGAAGGACAACAGAUAGUUUUGGGAUGGCCACAAAUUAUGUCAGUAUCACUGUAACCUUGUGUCAGAAGGAAACAAAACAAGAGCAAGGAGAGUCAUGGUGCUGCAACAGAGAAUGGUCGUCAAUGGAAAACUAAAGACGCAGUGUGCACAUUUCAGAAGCAGGUGCUUCAAACAGCAGCGCCCUAAAUCCUUUCUGAGUAUAGUAAAAUGCAACAGCAAUCUGGUUAAUUGCUAAGGAAGGAAAGAAGGAUUUUAUUUUACAACAGCAGCCUCCUGCCUUGUUGAACAAUGCACUGACUUCAGCGGAGAUAAGCUGCCCAUGGAUAAAAACUCAUGUAAACCACAUCUGCAUGAAAAGUCAUGCAAACCCCAUGAAUUUUUACAUAGAAUGAUUUGAACUGUGAAAAUUAGUUAUUUCUUCUUUCUCCAAUUGUUCUUGCCUUUCUUACUGUGAAUCUUGGCAGACUUCUCUGGGGCGUGAACUAAAGAUGAGACAAAAUACAGAUGUCCUGCUUACACUGAAAGCUGUGGGAAGCAAAUGGCUCCAAGUCCUACUUACCUCUGUUUAAACUAUUCCUUAAUUCUGUUGAUGCUGAGAGCGGUGUUUUUAAGGCGCCUUACCUUAUUGGCAGGUGAUAGAAGGUGAUUGUGUGAGGAAACUCAUUGGGUUUGUUCUGUCUCCUCACUUUAGCUUUGGUUCCAGUGCAACAUGAUAUUGGGACACAGGGAGCGGAGCGGGGCAGGGGAGGAAGAGCAGCCUAGAUUUUUGGACUCAGCAGUGCAUUUGAGAGAUGAAGAGGUUUCCCUCUGUGUGCCAAUGCACUAGAGUAAAGACUUAGCAACGCCCCAUUUUUACUCUGACUUUUUAUGUGCUGGACUGUGCUCACCACUUCCUUUCCCUGGAGACGUUUGCUUUUUGGAGCGGGGACCGCAUCUGCCUUUGUGUUUGCAGAAACCAAGGUGCUAUUGUAAUAUAAACAUGAAAUGACUGCAAAUGAAUUGGGUUUAGACCAGGUGCAAACCAGAACUCUAAAACUAGAGCAAAGCAAACUAGAGGACUUCACCUGUUUCACUUCCAUGAGCAGUCCCACGGUACUGUUUGUGAGCAUAAGGACAUAAAGAUAGGCAGGGGUCAGGUUCGAAAAAAGAACCACGCAAAAGCAUAACGGAAAUAAAAAAUGCCACGUGCUACUGAACUCCUCCUCCUUUAAUUACAGGCUUAGUGUUGGCAUUUUAGCUGUCCCAGUCUGUUUUUCUGACUAGCAUAACGCGUUCAGUUCUACAUUGAAGUCAAUGGUAACUUCCCCCAGUAAAGAGCGAAGAAUCAUGUGCAUAACUUAUCAGAACUGCUGUUGGGUAUAAAAAACAAACAAACAAGGCUCAUGAGAAAGUUGGCUGGGUCUGUGUAUGGCUUUAGCCAGAAAGGUUAUAGCCAUCACUUCCCACUGCUGUCCUCGCUAUAGUAACCUGUACCUGAGUGUGUUGCAAGGUCCUCCCUUGUUGGCCUCCCCUUGAAGGCACUCAGAAGCUUCAUCUGGUAUAGGGUGCAACUGCCUGUUUGAAUUGUUAUCCAUAGGGUAUAUAUUGCACUUAUUCCCAUAAUGCUACAUUGGCUUCUGGGGUGCAAUUCAGGGCGUUGAUUUUGAUCAAUUAAAGGCCUGUAGGAUAUUGGUUAUGGCCACCUGAGAGACCACCACUCUCCUGUGCUCUGUCAUGAGGUUUGACGUCGGCUGGGCUACUUUUCUAAUAGUUCCUGGAUCUAAAUACGUAGGGCUAGAGGCAGGGCAUUCUCAGUGGUGGGACCAUGGUUCUCCCUUUCCUUUUUGUCUGUCAGAGAUUGAGUUUGCUGUAGAGUUCCUCUGUUUACUCAAGCUUUUGCCCAAAGCGGCUAAUUGCGGGGUGGAUGCAGAAUCAUUUCAGCCUGGGAACCAGUGUUAUUUUGAUGCUGUUAAUAGGUUUUUUGUAUGUGAGUGUAAAAAUAGUCAAUAGGCGUAUUUUACAAGUCAAAAUUUAGAAAUGACAGCUACUGAAAUGGAACCAGUUCCAAAAUGAUGACAUUAGAAACCUGUUAAAUUCCAACCAAAUCCAGGGCAGUAUUCAUAGACAUAUUCAUAACAAUUCUAAGGCUUAUGUGUACUCUCUGAGUGGUCAUUUUCCUUACUGUAUAUAUCUUUAUAGCAGGCAUAUUAUGACUUCAUUGUGCUAAUGGUCUCCUUUUAUUGUCUGGAACUGCAGUAUCGCUCGAUCUGCUUUUUAAAGUGACAGGUUUCAGAGUAACAGCCGUGUUAGUCUGUAUUCGCAAAAAGAAAAGGAGUACUUGUGGCACCUUAGAGACUAACCAAUUUA